AUGGCGGGUGCGGCCCCCCGCGGGGGCAACGGCACAUUCACGGCCCACCUGCUGAACAAGACGCGUUUGUGCCGCUUCUACGAAAGUGGUCAUUGCGCCCGGGGGGGGCACUGCGACUUCGCGCACGGGAGAAACGACCUGCGCGAGGCCCCGGACUUCUCGUACACCCAGCGCUGCAGGAGCUUCAUGGAGACUGGAACAUGCAGGCGGGGCAGCGCGUGCACCUUCGCCCACGCGCCGGAGCAGCUGCGGAGCUGGAGGCACAGCAGUGGCGCCGAGCGCGGCGGGAGCGACCCCGGGCGCGGCUCGGCCGCGGGCGCGCCGCACGAGUGCGGGCCUGGCCUGCCGGCGGCCAGCCGCGCGGCCCCGCGCUCCCAGGGCGUGCCCGCGGCGGAGGCCGCGCGGCGCGAGCGGCAAGGGCGGCCUCCGGGAACCUGGGCGCCAGGGGGGCGCGGGGCCGAGGCGGCCGGCGGAGGCAGGCGCCCGCCCUCCGCGCCGCAGCGGUGCGCAGGCGCGCGGGCUCCGCGCUCAGAGGCCCCCGCGGGGGGCAGGACGCCCCUGCGCUCGGGGGCGGCGAUGUUCGUGCCGCCCCGCGGGACGGCGGAGGAGGCGGCUCAGGUCAGCCUGCUGCUGCACUCGCUCGACGUGCUGCCGCGGCCGGGCGGCGCCGAGGCCGCGAGGCAGGUGUGCAGCCGGGUCGGCGAGGAGCCCGCGCGCUGCACGGAGGGCGGCGCAGGCCCAGACGAGCGUCAGGUCAGGGCCGGGUUGCCGCUCGCGCGCCUGCCGCCGCCGCGCGGCCCGUGGGACAGCAGCAGGGGCAUCGCCGAGGAGAGCAGCGAUGCGUUCGGCGCGGAGUCCGUGGGCAGCGCGGCGACCGCGGACAGCCAGAUUCAUGGUGGCAGGGCGACGGAGGAGACGCCCCCGCAGUUGGCGGCGACCGUCAGGCGCACGUUCCUCCACUUCUUCGUGCCAUGCGAGGACAGCAGUCUCGGCAGCCGCCGCCGCGCCUCUUCGGCGCACUGA